GAAGUCGGAAUACGAAAUGUAUUUUAGUGAGCUGGGAAUGUCGAAUAUCGUAAUAUUUUCUGAUAGGCUCAUAGAUACUCCCGCAGAUGCUAACUAUAUGGAAGAAGUCGUUGCAGUUUUUGCUACUCCUCCUAAUAGCUACUCCGCUGUAGCGGACCCUAUAGACUUGGUAUGCAGUAGAGGUGGUGAUCUUUCGAUGCUGGAAGUAUUAACAGAAUCAGGAGACAGUAAAGAAGCAAGAGAGAGGGUUGCCAACAUUCUUGAAGAGCAAAGGAAAACACUUAGGUUUGCGAUGUCUAGGCCACAGAUACAAUUUGUACUCUAUGAGACUCAUUCUGAACUUGAAGCAGAAAAUUCCUUCAUGGUAAAGAAAGCUUUGAGAGAAAUAAAUAGAAUAGCUAAAUUACAACACGCCGCUUUACAAGGCAAAAUUCUUGAUAGCAAGACUCAAGAAACACCAGAACAAUCAGAAAUAAAUAACAACGAGAAAGUGGAAAAAACUCAAGAAGAUGAAAUUGAACAACCCGAAUCUUCAGCUGAUGAAUCCACUUCAUCAGAAGACAUAGUUGAUAACAAAGAGAAAAUGUUGGACACCCUAAACGUGCCAGAUACGGAUAUUUUCGACUUACCCGAGUUGCCAAGACUAUGUUCUAAUGAAAACUGUAAUAAUUUCGAAAGAGAGGGCUGUUACCUCGCCCUUCUUCAGAGAAAGCAAGUAAUUCGGCUAGACGAUAAAUAUAUGAUACAGAUGGCAGAAAACAGAGGUUUAUUUGGAAGUAAUACGACCACGAGCACCUCAAAAUCGAAGUCAAGUCGAACCGCCAAGAAAAAACAGGAAAUACGUGAAAAACAGCAGAGGCCAAGGAAAAAACUAAAGGAGUCUGAGAUUGAUCGGAUUGCCGCUCCAACUCAUGCUUUUCUGUUGCAUACAAAGCCUUUAGAAGAUGUGGAGAUAUGUAGAAAAUAUGAAAAUGGAAAAUCAAAAACCACCAUUUACAGAAAUUGGUGGCGACAAACAACAAGGCACAUUUUGUCAUUGAAGAAAACCCUCCUCAAACAGAAGUGUCUGCCCAAUUUGCAGCAUCGCAAUUCAAACGUCAAGGCAGUAGUCAACAGUUUCUGGAAACAUAUGCCCAGGUGAUUAUAACUAUAUGUUCAUUUCAGUAUCAAU